CAAUUUCGUCCAACGUUGGAAUCCUUCCUUCCCGAUGGCUUACAGUUAGUUUGACAAUGGGGUGGCAGCGGCCACAGCAGUCGGGCGUUUCACCCCCCCCCUUCUCGUGCGGGGAACCGCGGACGGGGAGGUUCGCAUCACAACCAUUGGGUCUGCACCGGUUGCCUCGUGAGUUGCCUUUUCGUGAUGGCUGCAACCAACAAGACGAGGCUGCGGAUAGAAAACUGGUGCUGUUAUUGCAGCAUACGGCGUCCCUGGAAUCCACGGACGGUGCGUCUCCCAUAAAACCACAAGUUACCGCUGCAGACAUCUUUGCUACGGGGCCUAGCUUCUCUCAUUUCAACCUGCCCGGAGCAGCUACACACUCGGCUACAGGACUACCUUUGUUGUCUACUUGCAACUAGCAGUCAUCAUGUCGACUAGUAGCAAACGGACGUCCCCUUCGACCCUGGACGACGACCCGAGCCUAAAAGCUGAGACCUCGCGGUCGGCGAAGCAGGCCAAGCUAGAAACGUCACUGGACGUCCACGAGACCCGAUUCGCCCAAGAGGAUGAAGAUACAAAUCUACACGCAGAGACAGACCAUCUAAAUCGUCGUGGUAGUCUCGCUACGUCGAGUGGCGAUGCCGAUUUUGCUACCGUCCUCCAUUUCAUGAAGGCGAAGAUCAUAGAUCUCGAGGCGAAACUUUCGCAAAUGCAGGGUCAAGCCACUGCUGCUGGCGAAUCUGCUCCCGCUUCCUUCCUCAACGGAGAUGGAAACCAAUUCGACAACGCAACGGGAGAGGAGUUUCGCCAGCCAGCCCCAGAAGAAGCCAAACGCAAGCCAGCGAUAGCUAUGCUCAAUCGAGUCCAGUGGGUCCCAUUCAAGAACGCCUACCCGGAUGAAGUCCCCUACGCGAUUGAAGUAUUGAUGGGACCGGCGAAGUUCUACUGGCAGCGACGUGCCGAAGAACGCGAGAUGAAGGAUCGCAUAGAAGAGGCAAAAAUAUAUGACGCCGCCAUCAAACAUCAGGAGGUGGUAAGGGAUAAGCAGAAAGAGGUAGCAAAAGCGAAAGUGAAAGUUGCAAACGGCAACGCCGCUGAACCGAGUCGAAAGGAGAUGCCGGAGCGUAUUCGCAUCAACUCCCAGCCUGUCCUCGCCAUCCUUGCAGACAUCGCCAGCGAAAAAUGGACCAGUGGACCCAAGGUCAUGCUGCGACCCUACAAAUUUCUCGUUGCCUACGAAGACGAGAUUCGGGAACGGUUCGAAUUUCUUACGAAACUAUGGGCAAAACGUCCGAAGCCGGAAGAUGUUACCAUGUCCGCGAGUGCCGUAACCACGUAUGAACCGGAAACCCUCGAAGACGACCUUGGCCUCUAUGAGGGCAGCUUAUACCAGGGCCGACAGUCGGACACGUCGUCUCUCCUGAGUCAAGAGCGGCGUGCACAACGUAGAGUGGAUCUGACAACUACGUAUGAUGCGUUUCAAGACCUUGCAUGUCUCAUUGAAUUCAUGGACGACGAUCUUAUGCCCGUCCAAAGACGAUACGUCUUCCCCGGCACGUAUCCCAAGAUCCAUUUCCGCGAUUUGUGGUACCUGUAUCAGCCAGGCGAGUGGGUGACAUUGGACGAGCGGAGAGGCAGGCGAUUCAGUUCGGAUGCCGGCCCCGAGGAUGACAAACCGUCAAGUCAACCCGGGAAUCUUGGUGAGCGUGUGGCCGGGUUUUGGAGGGUGAGAAAGACAGUGGGGGGACGACCGAGGCUCAGCCCGCCGAAUAAGGAUGAGCGCAAUCGGGCUCCUGCGAGUGAGGUCACUCCACUGACCGUCCGUUGCUACCGCAUUGAUUAUGACGGCGAUGGCUUUGGGCCCAUCUGGGUUGACUUUGACUUUCAGCCAUGGGAGGGCGAAAAGUUGAUCGAGCAACUGGAGAUCGUCCCAGUUCGACUGUUGAAGAAAGCGAGAGAGAAGCGCGAUCUUUAUAUCAAGCGUGGCAAGCAAUUCAUGGAAUUGACCGUCCCACAGCACAGGAUUCAUUCAGGGCCUCUGCUUGACUUUCACCCAUCUGGCCGUCUGUUCGAGCACGUCACUCCCGGACAGCGCGACGUGUACGGCUCUGUGAUUGUCGACUUCAAGGAAACAGCACGCACGAAUCCCAAGAUGGUGAUGAAGUUGGGAUUCGAAUCCAGCAUCGGUCUUUGGGAUCUAGAUCUUUGUUUGACAGAAGAUUAUCCACUCUAUGUAUGGGAGGACAGAAAGGGGGGAAGAUGGAAAGAGGCCAUGGACGAAAUAUACGACGAUUCACAUAUCGAUGAGCAUUUGAAGCACAAGCAGAUUCGGCUGGACCCAUUCCUGUCUCGAUAUGAAAAUCUAAGGCAAGGCGAGACCGUCGAUGGGAGCGAGUUUGAGAACGAUGAAUAUUGUUUGUUGCCCAACAGAGUGUGCGCAUACAUCCUUCAACGUCGUCGAUUCGCUAUACUCAAACUGAACUGUCUACGCCCUCAAGGACCGGACGCUCACAACUGGGAUGACUUGUUCCUUACUCGGGACAACAAAGAAACAGUCAAGGCGCAAACCAUGUCUCAUUUUCGCAACAAGCGUCUGCGGGCCGCUCAUCCAGAGAUCCAAUUCGACCUCAACCAGGAGAAAGGCCUCGGGCUGAUCAUUCUGCUCCACGGCGUGCCAGGUGUAGGUAAGACCUCCACAGCAGAAUGUGUUGCUCAAUUGCUGGGCAAACCCCUUUUCCCCAUAACAUGUGGAGACCUUGGAACGAGCGCAGAACAGGUCGAAACGCAACUGUACGAAAUCUUCGGCAAAGCCGAGAAGUGGGACUGCGUCCUGCUGCUUGAUGAAGCAGAUGUUUUCCUUGCCUCACGCGGAAAGAACGAUCUAAAGCGGAAUGCAGUCGUAUCAGUGUUCUUGCGCAUCCUCGAGCUCUACACUGGCAUCCUGUUCCUGACUACAAAUCGCAUUGGGGUUCUGGAUGAAGCUUUCAUGUCCAGGAUCCACACGCAGCUGUACUAUCCACCUCUUGAGCUUGAGCAGUCGAUGAAGAUCUGGGCCACCAAUCUCAGAAAGCUCGGGAAGCGUAAGCGUGGCACAUUGCAGAUCGAUGAAGACCAGAUCUUGAAAUUCGCAAGGAACCACUUCGCCCAGAACGACGGCAGGGCGACUCGUUGGAACGGACGACAGAUCCGCAAUGCUUGCCAGGCAGCCGCCGCAUUGACCGAGCAUGAGGCUUUCGACGGGUGCACGAACGAUGGCAUCCAUACGCCUGACCCUUCUAUUAUCCAAGAAAUUGCGAGACUCGAGGUCCGCCAUUUCAGCAAGGUGGAUAAAGCGAUGAGAGAAUUCCACGAAUAUAUGACUAGUGUUUGCGGCGAGGAUUUCUCGGGCGGGGCGAAAAUGAGGAUGGAGAGAGACGACGAUUAUAAGAUGAAAGGGGAGAGAGACGAUGAUUAUGACCCGCGGGACAGGAGGUAUCAGGACCACCGCUUUGUUGGCCACGACCCGGCGCCGGCGCCGCGGUCCCCGAAACCUGAUACAUAUGGCCCGGAGGAGGGGUUAGGGUUGUCAAGCUAUGGGGGAGGCGGAGGAUAUGGAGGCCCGCCGAGAGGUGGAGGGGGAGUGUUUAGUCCGCACGAUCGCGAUCAGCGUUCGAGGCCGCGGUUUGGAUCUGGAACAUUCCCACGGGAACAGGACCGGGACCGGGACCGGCAGUAUUUUCCAUGACGAGAGCAGGAUUGCGGAGCGCUGGUAGUUAAUGUUGCAACAAUUAGGCAGGCGAAAAAAGGCGUAACGGGGCCAAGAAUGUGUGAACAAUAAGGAUGUAUCUGAUUUUUAUUUGGAUUCAGUUUUGAGGGUGCCCGCGACGCUGUGGCAUUUCUUUACUUCUGUCGUUUGUGGAGUUUGAGUUGAAAAUUUCUUACCGAGGACUUGUUGAAGGAAUAAAAAGUGUAUUUUGCGCUGCGUCGUGUAUUACACAAAGACUUUGGGGGCAGUGUCAUCUCUAUCCUGCGACCUUCCCCUGCCUCUUCCCUCACUCAGGGACUUCCCUUCCUCCAAUGGAGGCGUAGCUAUCCGAGUAUCGAUUCGUUGAAAAAAUCGGGUAAAGCCCCCCCUCUCUCUGAGAGGUUGAAGCCGAGCCUCAUUUAC